CGGUUGAAUGGCUGAAGCAUUCGACGCUUCUUAUCCUUUCACUUUCGCACGCCAUGGUCGAUCGCAAGGGCCCGCCGCCGCAGGUGCAAAAGACCCUGCUCAGCUUCUUCAAGCCCAAGAGCGCAACUCCUCCGACUUCAGCUUCAGCUCCCAUUCAGUCAGCAACUGCGUCGCCAUCCGCUUCGUUGAAUCAGAACAACAGACACUCCGUCCAGGACUCCACAGCACGCGACAACCUAGCACGACAGCCCACAUCACGAAAGAAACGCGGCGGGUCCGUCAAGGGUCAGGGGAAUAUCGUAUCCACAUCCGCAUCCGUAGCCGCAGAAGAUCCAUUAUUCCCGGCUGGCUUCUCGGACCUGGCUGAACAGUUUGCACUUGAUUCUACGCCCACUUCCCUGACCCCAUCAUCAACUACAACCAAGCCCAGUAACGAAAAUCGGACACUGAGCAGAGACAUAUCAGGAUCCGCAUACGCGAGCCCGAAUGAGGAAAAUUCUUCGACAAGGACAUCGUUGAAACGGAGGUACAGCCACUCUUCGGAACAGGAUGACGCGUCAGAGGAACCGCUGGACAGGAAGAGACGCUCUCGAACACAUAAAGAAGACGUGGUAAUGGACCAGGAUCACGUCAUGGAGGAGCCUGAGGAUACACCGCAACCAUUGCAAAAGCAACAGCUGGUCAAGGCAACAACUACUUUGGGUCGAUUUACCGGGUCAAAAAAGGCCACCAAAAGUCCUUAUACGCCACUUGAAACUCAGUUUGUUGAGAUCAAGAGACAGUACCCGGACGCGAUUCUCUGCAUCGAGGUCGGAUACAAGUUUCGUUUCUUUGGCGAGGAUGCGGAGAUUGCCUCAAGAGAACUCAGCAUUGCACAUUUCAUGGACCACAACUUUUACACCGCCAGUAUACCUACCCACCGGCUGGAUGUCCAUGUGCGACGCCUGGUGCAUGCUGGCUACAAAGUAGGCGUGGUUCGGCAGAUGGAAACCGCAGCCCUAAAGUCCGCCGGCGACAAUAAGAGUGCGCCCUUUACUCGGAAGCUCACCAACCUCUACACCAAAGCGACAUUUCUCGAGAGCCUGGAUCAGGACGAGGAGCAGUUCCAGGGCAGUUUCGUUGGCAAGGGACCCUCUUCACAAUAUCUGAUGUGCAUCUGUGAGCAACCACAGGGCGGGAGUGGAGCGGACGAAAGGGUCAAGAUUGCGAUUCUGGCAGUACAACCGGCAACAGGCGAUAUUGUUUAUGAUGAGUUUAUGGAUGGACACUUCAGGAACGAACUCGAGACGCGAUUGCUUCAUAUCCAGCCUGCAGAGUUGAUCGUACCAAUUGAGCCGAUGAGUAAAUCUACGGAGAAACUGCUUGGAUAUCUUACAGGAUCAUCUCAUCGUCGCACAGGAUCGAUCAACAGGGGCCAGGAUGAUAUUCGGAUCGAGAGAACGGCAGGGUUUGUGAAGUACGACCAGGCGUUUAAGCUGGUCUCAGAGUUCUAUUCUACGAGUCUUAAAGAGGAGCAGGUAAAACGACAGAGUCAGGACGGGGAGUCGAUGUCUUCGAAGCAGAGUCAAAUGGAAGCACUGCUCAAGACAGUCCUGGGACUUUCUCGGCAACUCAUUGUUGCUCUUUCGGCCAUGAUCACCCAUUUGACGGAGUUUGGACUGGCAUCCGUGUUCCGGCUAUCGAAAUACUUUGAGUGCUUUACCUCGAGAUCGCACAUGCUUCUGAACGGGAACACGAUAUCGAACCUAGAGAUUUAUCGCAAUCAAACAGACUGGUCGACACAGGGGUCUCUUUUCGCGAUUCUAGACCAUACUCUGACAGGGUUCGGGAGACGGCUGCUCAAGAAGUGGGUGGGGAAACCUUUGGUGGAUCGGAAGGCGUUGCAGGAACGAGUGGAUGCGGUCGAGGAGAUCCUUACAUUGGCGGACAAGAAUACGUAUCUUGAAAGUGCGCGCGGUGUACUCAAAGGACUCAUGGACCUUGAAAAGGGUGUCUGUCGCAUCCACUAUGGCAAAUCUUCGCCAAAGGAAUUCCUUGCUAUCCUCCGAACAUUCAUGAGAGUGGCAAACGCGAUCCCGGCGGGAGAACGGUCAAAGGCACACCAGGACUUUGGCCUCAACAGCCCCAUGCUAAGGCGCUUAGUUGGAUCGUUAUCGAGUGCUGCCGAAGACAGUCGGUACUUCCUGAAUGGUCUGAACGAGUCAGCGGCGAAUAGGAAUGACAAGCUGGAGAUGUUCCAGGAGGAUAUUAUUGCAGAGAAAUGGCCUGAGAUUCAUGAGCACAGAGAUAACAUUGUUGGGACAGAGGGUGACCUGUCAAUCCAUCUAGCAGCGGUGCGGAAACUAUUGCGCGAACCGCGGCUGGAGUAUUCUUCGGUCUCGGGAAUCGACUAUCUGAUAGAGGUUAAGAACAAGGAUGUGGCCAAGAUUCCGAAGUCGUGGGUCAAGAUUAGCGGAACAAAACAGGUGUCGCGCUUCCAUACACCGGAGGCCCUUCAACUGAUUCAGGCGAAAGCUCAACAUCAGGAACGACUAGUCCUUGCUUGCGAUCGUGCUUUUGCGGCAUUCCAACAAGAGUUCUCGCAAAGAUACGAAGUUUUUCGUGACCUGGUUCAGAACCUGGCGUACCUGGAUUGCCUGUUCUCGCUCUCGGUCGUGGCAUGUCUCCCCGGUUAUGUCAAACCGCAAUAUGUGGAAGAUGAAGUCUGCGAGCGGCAGCAGACUAUGGAUCGGGACGAUCAUCUUAGCACGAACGAUGGUGAACUCAACUCGCUCUCCAGGAUAGUAUCCUCGAAAACAACGAUUGAGAUCAAGAACGGCCGGCAUCCGAUGGUGGAGCAGAUGUUGCCAUCGGGCAACUUUGUAUCUAACGACAUCCAUUUCGGAAACAACACUGCAACAGGUGUUGAUGAAAAGGCUUUGAUCUUGACGGGGCCGAACAUGGGCGGAAAGAGUUGCUAUAUUCGUCAAGUGGCGCUGUUAUGUAUCAUGGCCCAGAUCGGUUCGUAUCUUCCCGCAGAGUCUGCGAAGGUCUCGUUGUUGGAUGCGGUGUAUACGCGAAUGGGUGCUUCGGAUAAUAUUUUCGGACAUGAGAGCACGUUCAUGGUCGAGUUGCAGGAGACGUCGGAUAUUUUGAAGAUGGCGACAGCACGAUCGUUGGUGAUUUUGGAUGAGUUGGGUAGGGGAACGUCUACGCUGGAUGGGGUCGCAAUUGCGUAUGCAGUGUUGAAGCAUGUUGUGAGUCAUAUCCGGGCGACGACCUUGUUUGUGACCCAUUACCCAUCGCUCGCGGAUGUGGCCAAGGAGUUUGAGGAGGGCACUAUCAGGAAUUACCAUAUGGGGUUCAUGGCUUCGGCCAGUGGCUCGACACCUGGCACUGGCGCAUCUGCAAUUCAUGGGGAGGAAGAUAUGGCGAGGGUCGAAGAGGCAUCCGACAACGGUUCAGGUGUCAACCUGGAUGACAUGGAUAUUGUGUUUCUGUACAAGCUAGUUCCGGGGGUAUCGCUCAAGAGUUAUGGAUUGAAUGUUGCACGAAUGGCCAAACUUCCAUUGAGCUUGAUCACCAAGGCCAGGAUCAAGUCCAAGGAACUAGAGACGGUCCUUGAGCGUCGUGUCGAGUCCAGGCGGCACGGACGGAUGCUUUCAAGGCUACAUGAGAUUGGCGAGUGCAGUACAGAAGACCAGGCCUGUGAUCUUGUUUCGGAGCUUUGCUCCCAUCCGGUUGAGAGCACAACAAUCACAUGAAGGUUCCUAGUUUUUUUUUUUUGACUUCCACAAACAAUAAGCAAUCAGAUGUGUGUCAAUGGAGUUACUUUUGAUUUUAUUUCCACGAUUAUAUGUCCACUUCGGAUGGUUAGUAGUAUUAUACAGCUGCGACGGCAAUAAGAUUGACAUCAGAAUGAAUGCUCGAUGCUUGUAGUCAAAGAGAAAGAAGAAUAAAGAGAGAGAGCACCACAAAAGAUAUAUCCAUCCCAAGAAAAAUGAACAAGAAAAGAAAUCAGAGGGAGAAGGGGAUGUUCAGCCAUCCACUUGGUCCAGCACAAUCAGUAGCAACAACAGAUGGAAAGCAAAAGAAAGACAAGAAUAAGAUAACGACAAAAAAAAAAAAAA